AUGCUCAUGUAUAACCGCCCGAGCCGGCGAGCUAUCGUGGGCAUUCUGGUCGCUGUCCUCCUGAUCAACUUGUACCUAUUUGGGCGGGACCGUCUAUAUACUAGCCUGUGGUUUGGGCCUACAGAGACGCAACUCGACAUCUCAGAUUCCAAUUCCGGUUUAAGAAAUCUCGUCACAAGCCUCAAGUCCGGGUUUCACCCUCCAGCUCCAUUGUCACUGGCAGCCAGACAGGAAACACUUUUGCGAGACCUUUCUGUGCAAUUAAAAGAGCAGAAGCCUCAAUGUUCUCCGCCUAGGGUGGAUGGACACGUUGAUGGAGUCACAUUUGAUCCCGCAAACUUGAAGCCAAGGCCGGACCAUGUCGCCAAUGCUGAUGAAAUACAAGGGCCAAUGCAAAAGGCACAUGAUGAGUUUGUGGCAGCGAUCAAAGAGCAGAAAACCCAUCCUUAUAAUAAAGGCGCCAAAGGCAUCGUUUCCUCUGCUGGCGGCGAAUACCUGCCUACGUUUGUGGCGUCUUUACGCAUGAUUCGGCGGACAGGAUGCGAGUUGCCUGUGGAAGUCUUCCUCAAGGACUGGGUUGAAUAUGAGCCCUACAUCUGUGAAGUUGUGCUACCAAAGCUCAACGCCCAGUGCAAGGUACUCGAAGAGAUCAUGGACGUGGUUCGUGACGGGCAAGGCAAACCCACCAAGCACAUCAAGGUAGAGCACUUCCAGAUCAAACCUUUUGCGAUGCUGUUGUCAUCAUUCGAAAACUUCAUCUGGAUUGAUGCCGAUUGCGUCCCCCUCCACGACCCCACCGCCCUGCUAGAUUCCGACCCUUUUUCUUCGACAGGACUUGUUACAUGGCCGGACUUUUGGGCAAACACCGCCUCACCCUUAUAUUUCAACAUAUCACGGCAAUCAGAGCCUCCUAUGACCGCCCGGGCAGCCACCGAGUCCGGGGUGAUGCUCAUCUCCAAAAGAAAGCAUUUCCCGACCCUUCUCCUAGCGGUUUAUUACAACUACUACGGCCCGGAGUUUUACUGGCCUUUAUUGGGCCAAGGUGCAUAUGGACAAGGCGACAAAGACACCUUUAUACAAGCGGCCAGUGCCCUAGACGCGACUUUCUAUACCGUCAGUGAGCCUGUGGCUGCCGUGGAGCGCGAUUAUGACAACGGAGCAUGGACUUUCACCGCAAUGGUGCAGGCGGACCCCAUAGAAGACUAUAAGCUUACUAGUCAAGACAUAUGGCGUGUUACAAAUGCCACCGCUGCAAAGGCUCCACGAGUCUUUUUCCUCCACGCCUCAAGUCCCAAGUUUAACGCUGGACUUGAACUUGCGAAGAAGUCUCGGAGAGGACGACUUUAUACUCGACCGGAGGAUGUGAUCCGGCGCUUUGGAUAUGACGUUGAGAAGUCAUACUGGGAGGAGGCCAUGACAGUAGCGUGCGAUCUGGAGCAUGCUUUUGAUUCGUGGAAAAAGAGCUCUGAGCUUUGUGAGGAUAUGAAAAAUCACUGGAACAAGACAUUCUCAGACUCCGAUGCUGAAAUUCCCCAAUUCAGCGAUGUUUAG